UCCGAAGCGGGGGACCGGACCGGCUCUACCGGGAGCAAGGGAGCGAGACCGAUCAAGAGGCCACAUCGGGUUGGCGAAUCGCCUCUGAGCUCAGGGCUUUAGGGAGGGAAUUGCAUGGCUUACAGUGACAGCCGGCCCAUAGCCAGCAUUAGGGGACUGACAGCCGGGGAGCUACAUUGAGAACACCGGGGGAGCUAGCGCCGCCUACUGGUCACAUCGACGCGGCCGGACCGGAAGACUGGGGAGAACAUGAGAUCCUGGUAGAUGGGGCCAAUGCCCCCGGAGGGGGAUCCCGGUAACUAGACCUGUGCCAAGGGGGGUGGCCGAGAGCCAGCAGCCCGGGAGACCCCGCUGAGCGUCCUGCGAGAGAACCGUGAUCAUGGCCUCCAACUGCAGCAGCGCUGUGGCGGGCAGCGCCAGCAAAACCAAGACCAAGAAGAAGCAUUUUGUGUGUCAGAAAGUGAAGCUCUUCCGAGCCAGCGAGCCCCUGCUGAGUGUGCUGAUGUGGGGGGUCAACCACACGAUCAAUGAGCUGAGUAAUGUCCCUGUCCCAGUCAUGCUGAUGCCAGACGACUUUAAAGCCUACAGCAAAAUCAAAGUGGAUAACCACCUAUUCAACAAAGAGAACCUGCCAAGCCGUUUCAAAUUUAAGGAAUAUUGUCCCAUGGUCUUCCGGAAUCUGCGAGAGAGAUUUGGAAUCGAUGACCAGGAUUACCAGAACUCUUUGACCCGCAGCGCACCUGUGAACAGUGAGAACCAGGGACGGUUUGGAUCACGAUUUCUCAUCACAUUUGACCGACGAUUUGUCAUCAAGACGAUAUCAAGUGAAGAUGUGGCUGAGAUGCACAAUAUUCUGAAGAAAUACCAUCAGUUUAUUGUGGAGUGUCAUGGUAACACUCUGCUUCCUCAGUUCCUUGGUAUGUACCGACUCACAGUAGAUGGCGUAGAGACCUACAUGGUGGUCACCAGGAACGUAUUCAGCCACAGACUCUCUGUCCACCGCAAAUAUGACUUAAAGGGCUCCACCGUAUGCAGAGAAGCCAGUGACAAAGAAAAGGCCAAGGAUCUACCCACGUUUAAAGAUAACGAUUUCUUGAAUGAAGGGCAGAAGUUGCACGUGGGCGAGGAAAACAAGAAGAUUUUCCUUGAGAAGCUGAAAAAAGAUGUAGAGUUCCUAUCUGUACUUAAGAUCAUGGAUUACAGCCUCUUGGUGGGCUUACAUGACGUAGAUCGGGCAGAGCAGGAAGAGAUGGAAGUGGAGGAACGGGCUGAGGAGGAGGAGUGUGAAGAUGGCACUGGCAACCCCAUUUGUUCGUAUGGCACUCCCCCAGAUAGUCCAGGGAAUCUGCUGAACUGCCCUCGCUUCUUUGGGCCUGGUGAAUUUGACCCGUCCGUGGAUGUUUAUGCAAUGAGGAGCCAUGACAGUGCACCGAAGAAGGAAGUCUAUUUCAUGGCUAUCAUUGAUAUCUUGACGCCCUACGAUGCCAAGAAGAAAGCCGCGCAUGCCGCCAAAACGGUCAAACAUGGGGCCGGAGCAGAAAUCUCCACAGUGAAUCCGGAGCAGUAUUCCAAACGCUUCAUCGAGUUUAUGUCGAACAUCCUUGCAUAGCUCUCUGCACUUCCCCAGUACAUGUGCCCGGAGAGAUUAGCCUCAUGUUCCUGGUGUGAGUGUGUGUGUGUGUUCAAGCGUCUGCAUGAGUGUGAGUGAGCUGGUCCGUGCUGCAUGCCCAUCCUAUUUGUACUCCUUCCCAUUUUACUAAAAGAUCAAGUGUCUUUAUCCUUCUCCUCAAUUUUAAAUUUGUAAUACUGAAUUUAAAGGUCACAAAGGUAGGUUGGUUACCGAGAGGUCCCAGUGAAUGUCAAGUUGAGUAUCCGCCCCCACUCCUUCCCCAGCCUUACACUCCUUUUAAAGUAUUCUGUACUGUGCUCCUGCUUAGUGAGCGGUACACGUCCUUGCUGUUACAAGCUCUUUUGACGAACUACCAUUCUGGUAUUAUUGGCUUUAGCAUUAAUGCACUAUUUAUUACCACCAAGGUAGAAUGGCCCCAGAUGAAGUAGAUUUUCCUGUUUGAUCAUAGUGUAUCAGAGGAUGCAUGUCCCAACUGUUGAAACUACAGGUGUGUUGUUUUUUUUUUUUGUACCUUUUUUAUUUGCUGUUACCUAUGCUAGAAAACGGCUGUCAGGAUGUACCUGUGUCCACUGCAGGGCUGUGUUAUGUCCUAAAGCAGGGAUUGCUCAACCUGCGGCCCUCCAACUGUUGUAAAACUACAACUCCCAACAUGCCCUGCUGUAGGCUGCUCAGACAUGCUGGGAGUUGUAGUUUUGCAACAGCUGACUGUCCUAAAGCAUAUGAAAUAGUCAGCUAGGUCAUGGUGGGUGAACCGCAGCAGAAACGCAACGAUCACAAGAAGGGCGUCUAGCACUCAAUUAGAUAAACCCCUAAGGUAGGGCCACACGGAAUGGAAUUUCCACUGUGGAUUUUUUCAGCCGGCAAAAUGUGAAAGCCACAGCAUGUCUAUUUAUGAUUUACCCCCUCAUGACCACUGACUUUACACAUUAUUGAUAUUCAGUGAUAUUUUAUAUUAUUUUUUCUUACAUGUCUGGCGACAAUCCACUCUGGUUCCAGGCUGAUCAAACUUUUCAGAUGCAACGGUCAAUAACAGCAGCUUCUGAGUGGGGGGGACAGAGGGAGUCUCCUCUGUCUAACCGAUCACCAUCGCUCCACAACCCCCCCCCCCCCCCCCCCAAAACGAUGCAAUUGGGGGGGUCCGAUUGGUUGUCAGUGACCUACCCCAUGUCUGGCCUGUUACUGCUACAAUUACACCCUGCCUCUGACACUGUGUAAUAGAAUGGCGGUAAAAUCACUAUUCGCUGCAAUACAGAUAUAUAGUGCAAGCAAUUAAAGAAUUACAGGUCCAAAAAAAAAUUGUGUAGCCAAUCUGAAAUAUUAAUAGCAUGUCAUGUGCGGUAAAUGCCAGGAACAAAAAAGCCAGAAUUUAUAUAUUUUUUUUCACCUCGCCUUCCCCACAAAAAUUGAUAGAUUUUAAAAAGGUCGAGUGUGCCCUAAAAUAAUAAAUAGAAACUACAGCUCUAUGGGCAGAAAAAUAGUUAUAGGUUUCAGAAAAGGGUUACACAAAGCAAUUUUUUUUUUUUUAAGGUUUAGGCUACAUGCACACGUGGUGUGUUCUGCAGUGCGCAAAUCACAGAUGGCGUCUGUGCGUGUUCUAUGACGGAUCCGCCCAAAACGCAAGUGUGAAAGUUGCCUAACUCGUCUCAGAGAAAAGAAAAAAAGUCUUCAUUGGAAAAGUAAAGUUAUGGGAAUGUAAGGGGGGAACAAAAACACCACCCCAAAAAUUGGGUUGGUCCUUAAAGGGUUUUUUCCAGGAAU